AUGGCCAGCAAAGGAGUGGCUGCUAUAACAGAAAACCAGUUUCAGCAUCUUUUGCACCAAAUUUCCCCCAGAAUUCAGAAGCAAACGAUAAAGUUUGAGGAGCCAAUAUCUCCUGCUGAGAGACUCACUGUUACGCUCCGGUUUUUAGCCACAGGAAUUACGUUUAGAGACUUAACAUGGGAGUUUAGAAUUGAUCAAGAUACAGUAUAUCCACUCCAUGUCUUCGUAGCCGAUGACGCUUUUGGAUUGAAACCGUAUAUUCUCAAACCUUAUGGUGGAAAUGACUUGACUCUGGAAGAAUGGAUAUGCAAUUACAGAUAUGCAUUCAGUGGCUAA